GAGCAGACGGGAGUUUCUCCUCGGGGUCGGAGCAGGAGGCACGCGGAGUGUGAGGCCACGCAUGAGCGGACGCUAACCCCCACCCCAGCCGCAAAGAGUCUACAUGUCUAGGGUCUAGACAUGUUCAGCUUUGUGGACCUCCGGCUCCUGCUCCUUUUAGCGGCCACCGCCCUCCUGACGCACGGCCAAGAGGAAGGCCAAGUCGAGGGCCAAGACGAAGACAUCCCACCAGUCACCUGCGUACAGAACGGCCUCAGGUACCAUGACCGGGACGUAUGGAAACCUGAGCCCUGCCGGAUCUGUGUCUGCGACAAUGGCAAAGUGUUGUGCGAUGACGUGAUCUGUGAUGAGAGCAAGAACUGCCCAGGCGUCGAAGCCCCCGAGGGCGAGUGCUGUCCUGUCUGCCCGGAGGGCUCAGAGUCACCUACUGACCGAGAAACCGCAGGAGUCGAGGGACCCAAGGGAGACACUGGUCCCCGAGGCCCAAGGGGACCAGCAGGCCCUCCUGGCCGCGAUGGCAUCCCUGGACAGCCUGGACUUCCCGGACCUCCCGGACCCCCCGGACCUCCCGGACCCCCUGGCCUCGGAGGAAACUUUGCUCCCCAGAUGUCUUAUGGCUAUGAUGAGAAAUCAGCUGGAGUUUCUGUGCCUGGCCCCAUGGGUCCCUCUGGUCCUCGUGGUCUCCCUGGCCCCCCUGGUGCACCUGGUCCCCAAGGCUUCCAAGGUCCCCCUGGUGAGCCCGGCGAGCCUGGAUCUGCAGGUCCUAUGGGUCCCCGUGGCCCCCCUGGUCCUCCUGGAAAGAAUGGAGAUGAUGGAGAAGCUGGAAAACCUGGUCGUCCUGGCGAACGUGGGCCUCCUGGGCCUCAGGGUGCUCGAGGAUUGCCUGGAACAGCUGGCCUUCCUGGAAUGAAGGGGCACAGAGGUUUCAGUGGUUUGGAUGGUGCCAAGGGAGAUGCUGGUGCUCCUGGACCCAAGGGUGAGCCUGGCAGCCCUGGUGAAAAUGGAGCUCCUGGUCAGAUGGGCCCCCGUGGUCUGCCUGGUGAGAGAGGUCGCCCUGGACCCUCUGGCCCUGCUGGUGCUCGUGGAAAUGAUGGUGCUACUGGUGCUGCUGGUCCCCCGGGUCCCACUGGUCCCGCUGGUCCUCCUGGCUUCCCUGGUGCUGCCGGUGCUAAGGGUGAAGCUGGUCCCCAAGGAGCCCGAGGUUCUGAAGGUCCCCAGGGUGUGCGUGGUGAGCCCGGCCCCCCUGGACCUGCUGGUGCUGCUGGUCCUGCUGGAAACCCUGGUGCUGAUGGACAGCCUGGUGCUAAAGGUGCCAACGGUGCUCCUGGUAUUGCUGGUGCCCCUGGCUUCCCUGGUGCCCGAGGCCCCUCUGGACCCCAGGGCCCCAGCGGCCCUCCUGGUCCCAAGGGUAACAGCGGUGAACCCGGUGCUCCCGGCAACAAAGGAGACACUGGUGCCAAGGGAGAGCCUGGCCCUGCUGGUGUUCAAGGACCCCCUGGCCCUGCUGGGGAAGAAGGAAAGCGAGGAGCCCGAGGUGAACCUGGACCUACUGGCCUGCCUGGACCCCCUGGCGAGCGCGGUGGACCUGGUAGCCGUGGUUUCCCUGGCGCAGAUGGUGUUGCUGGUCCCAAGGGUCCCGCUGGCGAACGUGGUUCUCCUGGCCCUGCUGGCCCCAAAGGUUCUCCUGGUGAAGCUGGCCGCCCCGGUGAAGCUGGCCUGCCUGGCGCCAAGGGUCUGACUGGCAGCCCUGGCAGCCCUGGUCCUGAUGGCAAAACUGGACCCCCUGGUCCCGCUGGUCAAGAUGGUCGCCCUGGACCCCCAGGACCCCCUGGUGCCCGUGGUCAGGCUGGUGUGAUGGGAUUCCCUGGACCCAAAGGUGCUGCUGGAGAGCCCGGCAAAGCUGGAGAGCGUGGUGUUCCCGGACCCACUGGCGCUGUUGGUGCUCCUGGCAAAGAUGGAGAAGCUGGAGCUCAAGGACCUCCCGGCCCUGCUGGUCCCGCUGGAGAGAGAGGUGAACAAGGCCCUGCAGGCUCCCCCGGAUUCCAGGGUCUCCCUGGUCCCGCUGGUCCUCCUGGUGAAGCAGGCAAACCUGGUGAACAGGGUGUUCCUGGAGACCUUGGUGCCCCCGGCCCCUCUGGAGCAAGAGGCGAGAGAGGUUUCCCUGGCGAGCGUGGUGUGCAGGGUCCCCCUGGUCCUGCUGGUCCCCGUGGGGGCAAUGGCGCUCCUGGCAAUGAUGGUGCUAAGGGUGAUGCUGGUGCCCCUGGAGCCCCCGGUAGCCAGGGCGCCCCUGGCCUUCAGGGAAUGCCUGGUGAACGUGGUGCAGCUGGUCUUCCAGGCCCCAAGGGUGACAGAGGUGAUGCUGGUCCCAAAGGUGCUGAUGGUUCUCCUGGCAAAGAUGGCGCCCGUGGUCUGACUGGCCCUAUCGGUCCUCCUGGUCCUGCUGGUGCCCCUGGUGACAAGGGUGAAAGUGGUCCCAGCGGCCCUGCCGGUCCCACUGGAGCUCGUGGUGCCCCGGGAGAUCGUGGUGAGCCUGGUCCCCCCGGCCCUGCUGGCUUUGCCGGACCCCCUGGUGCUGAUGGUCAGCCUGGUGCUAAAGGCGAACCCGGUGAUGCUGGUGCUAAAGGCGAUGCUGGCCCCGCUGGCCCUGCUGGCCCUGCUGGACCCCCUGGCCCUGUUGGUAACGUUGGUGCUCCUGGACCCAAAGGUGCUCGUGGCAGCGCUGGUCCCCCUGGUGCUACUGGUUUCCCUGGUGCUGCUGGACGAGUUGGUCCCCCCGGCCCCUCUGGUAAUGCUGGACCCCCUGGCCCCCCUGGCCCUGCUGGCAAAGAAGGCUCCAAAGGUCCCCGUGGUGAGACUGGCCCUGCUGGACGAACUGGAGAAGUUGGUCCCCCUGGUCCUCCCGGCCCUGCUGGCGAGAAAGGUUCCCCUGGUGCUGAUGGGCCUGCUGGCGCUCCUGGCACUCCAGGACCUCAGGGUAUUGCUGGACAACGUGGUGUGGUCGGCCUGCCCGGUCAGAGAGGAGAAAGAGGCUUCCCUGGUCUUCCUGGCCCCUCUGGUGAACCCGGCAAACAAGGUCCUUCUGGAGCAAGUGGUGAACGUGGUCCCCCUGGUCCCAUGGGCCCCCCUGGAUUGGCUGGACCCCCUGGUGAAUCUGGACGUGAGGGAGCUCCUGGUGCCGAGGGCUCUCCUGGACGAGAUGGCGCUCCUGGCCCUAAGGGUGACCGUGGUGAGACCGGCCCCGCUGGACCCCCUGGUGCCCCUGGUGCUCCUGGUGCCCCUGGCCCUGUUGGCCCUGCUGGCAAGAGCGGCGAUCGUGGUGAGACUGGUCCUUCUGGUCCUGCUGGUCCUGUCGGCCCCGCUGGUGCCCGUGGCCCUGCUGGACCCCAAGGCCCCCGUGGUGACAAGGGUGAGACAGGCGAACAGGGUGAAAGAGGCAUAAAGGGUCACCGUGGCUUCUCCGGUCUCCAGGGUCCCCCUGGUCCUCCUGGCUCUCCUGGUGAACAAGGCCCCUCUGGAGCUUCUGGUCCUGCUGGUCCCCGAGGUCCCCCUGGCUCUGCUGGUGCUGCUGGCAAAGAUGGACUCAACGGUCUCCCAGGCCCCAUUGGCCCCCCUGGUCCUCGUGGUCGUACUGGUGAUGCUGGUCCUGUUGGUCCUGCCGGCCCUCCUGGACCCCCUGGUCCCCCUGGUCCUCCCAGCGGUGGUUUCGACUUCAGUUUCCUGCCCCAGCCACCUCAAGAGAAGGCUCAGGAUUCAGGCCGUUACUACCGGGCUGAUGAUGCCAAUGUGGUCCGUGACCGUGACCUCGAGGUGGACACCACUCUCAAGAGCCUGAGCCAGCAGAUUGAGAACAUCCGGAGCCCCGAAGGCAGCCGCAAGAACCCCGCCCGCACUUGCCGUGACCUCAAGAUGUGCCACUCCAACUGGAAGAGCGGAGAGUAUUGGAUUGACCCCAACCAAGGCUGCAACCUGGACGCCAUCAAGGUCUUCUGCAACAUGGAGACUGGUGAGACCUGUGUGUACCCCACUCAUCCCAGUGUGGCCCAGAAGAACUGGUACAUCAGCAAGAACCCCAAGGACAAGAAGCAUGUCUGGUUCGGCGAGAGCAUGACCGGUGGAUUCCAGUUCGAGUACGGCGGCGAGGGCUCCGACCCUGCUGAUGUGGCCAUCCAGCUGACCUUCCUGCGCCUGAUGUCCACUGAGGCCUCCCAGAACAUCACCUACCAUUGCAAGAACAGCGUGGCCUACAUGGACCAGCAGACCGGCAACCUCAAGAAGGCCUUGCUCCUCCAGGGCUCCAACGAGAUCGAGAUCCGGGCCGAAGGCAACAGCCGCUUCACAUACAGCGUCACUGUUGAUGGCUGCACGAGUCACACUGGAGCUUGGGGCAAGACAGUGAUCGAAUACAAAACCACCAAGACCUCCCGCUUGCCCAUCAUCGAUGUGGCCCCCUUGGAUGUUGGCGCCCCAGACCAGGAAUUCGGCUUCGACAUUAGCCCUGUCUGCUUCCUGUAAACUCCCUCCAGCCCAACCUGGCUCCCUCCCACCCAAUCCACUUUCUCCCCUCCCUGGAAACAGACAAACAACCCAAACUAAACCCCCCAAAAGCCAAAAAAUGGGAGACAAUUUCACAUGGACUUUGGAAAAUAUUUUUUUCCUUUGCAUUCAUCUCUCAAACUUAGUUUUUAUCUUUGACCAACUGAACAUGACCAAAAAUCAAAAGUGCAUUCAACCUUACCAAAAAACAAAAAAGAAUAAAUAAAUAACUUUUUAAAAAA